AUAAUUCCACAUUUGACGUCAGCUCUUUGAGCAAUCAGUGAAGAGGCAGGCGCACUCUGAAUCUAACCUUAAAAUCCUCGCUUAAUCUAAGUACGAUAUGGGGGGCACCUUUUUGUAUUUCGCUUACGGGAGUAAUCUCCUAGCCAAGCGAAUCCACAUAAAUAACCCCAGUGCGGUUAGAGUGGGAAUCGGAAAAUUAAUGAACUAUCAACUUGACUUUCUUACUUAUUCAGAGAGAUGGCACGGAGCCUCCGCUACAAUAGUAAAAAAUGACCGGCGCCACGUCUGGGGGGCUAUCUGGGAAAUUGAUUUAAAGCAUAUGGAGUCACUCGACAGGAUUGAAUGCUUUUAUAGACAAGAAGGUGUUCCCCAUAAAAUAUACUAUGCCCUUGAUGUGGACGUUAUUGUGCCUGAAGGGGGCACCAAGAAAUGUCGCGUCUACCAACAGUGCGUGAUACCGUCUGCUACUGAGGAUAUUGAAAAACUAGCCGAUGACAGAAAGCCAUCAGCUGUGUAUUUGAAUAUAAUUAAAGAGGGGGCCAAAGAAUCAAACUUACCUGAGGAGUACCAGAAAUUCUUGCACAGGAUUCCCGACAACGGCUACAAUGGCGAAGUUGAUAUUGGGAUCAAACUUUAACAAGCACUAUUGUCGCGUAAAUAACACAAAUUUCAAAAGUUUAAGAAGGUUCAACAGACAGUUCAAAAAGGCAAACAUUAAUUGGUGACUUUUGCGUCGUUACAUUGGUGCUUCGGAUAUUACAUUUUUUGCAAAAUCCUUUCCAAUAUUUGUACAGCAAUCAAAUAAAUACGAUUUUUGUUAUCAGAA